ACUGUGAGAAUCGGUAGUGUAGUGUAUUUUGUAGCGUGUGAUUUUAUCGGAAAGUUAUCAUCGAUGUAUUCCCGAUAAAACGUUUGUAAUCGAACAUAUCAUAUCUCAAUAAUGUAAUAUGCGACUUAAAACCACCGCGGAUCUCGGUUAGCAAAGUUGCAAUGUGUUCUGGUGUAAGUAGUUACUGAAGAUUGCGUUAAGAUGGGAAAAAAUCAGCCAUGGAUAACUCCGUUCAAAAAACAGUGCUUCGUGACCCUCGGCGUAUCGCUCAACAUGGCUGGCCACGGUCUGGUGAUGGGGUUCGCUGCUAUCCUAUUACCGCAAUUACGUAAACCUGACUCAAUCAUACCCAUCGAUGAUUCAUCAGGCUCUUGGAUAGGAAUCUCUCGCACUACCGUGCACAGAAUACUGCGCAAUGAGGGGCAUCACCCGUGUCACAUACGGAAAGUACAAGAUUUAAUUGCACCAGUCUAUCAACGCCGAACUGAAUUUUGUCAAGAGAUAUUACGAAGAAACUCCGAUUUUUCCGACCGAAUUUUAUGGACAGACGAAUCUAUAUUCACCCGCAACGGAAUAUUUAUAUGCACAAUUACCGUUCCUGGUCGACCGAAAAUCCAAAACUGGUUCGGCGUCACAAUUUUCAACACCAAUUUAGUGUGAAUUUGUGGACGGGCAUUGUUGGCAGAGAACUGAUUAGCCCAAAAGAACUCACAACGAGAUUAAAUGGUGAAAAUUAAUUAAAAUUAAAAAAAUAUAUUUUUUGAUUUUGUGGAGGAAAUGGUAGAUUUCCGUGUAGUGGCGGUUAAGAAUAUCCACUGCCCCAUAUCUUCCCGUGGGUGUCGUAAAAGGCGACAAAGGGAAACAGGCAGGAGAUGGGCAGCAGCAUCUUCCUGAUAAUAGCAAAACUACAAUAAAAAUAAACUGCGGUUGCCAACCCGCUCGCCAAGCGUGGCAACUAUGGAAAAUACCCUCCAAUGAUGAGAGCAACAAAGAGACGGCCCCCAGUCCCCGGCGGCCCCGUUAUUCCUGGCUACGGUGUACGACCAUGGUAACGGCAGGGCAGGGGGUGCUAAAAAUCUCCGGUGGAGGUUCGGUUGCCACCUCAGACGACUCGACCUGGCAACAUACAACGCACGCACCCUGAGGACUGACGAGAAGAUCGUGGAGCUGGAAGAAGAGACAGACAAGUUACGCUGGCAUAUUAUAGGAUUAUCCGAGGUCCGAAGAGAGGGGAGGACACAUCAUCAUCAUCAUCAUCAUCAUCAUCAUCAUUACAGCCUUUCAUAAGUCCACUGUUGAACAUAGGCCUCCCCCAAGGAACGCCACAAAGCACGGUCUUGAGCCACCUGCAUCCAUCUACUUCCUGCAUGUCUUACCAGGUCGUCACUCCAUCUCGUGGGGGGUCGCCCUACACUUCGCCUGCCGGUACGAGGCUGCCACUCGAAAACUUUUUUCCCUAUCGGUUGUCGGUUCUUCGAGCUAUAUGGCCGGCCCAUUGCCACUUCAGCUUACUAAUCCGUUGGGCUAUGUCGGUUACUCUGGUCCUACUGCGGAUAUCCUCAUUUCUAAGUUUAUCACGCAGAGAAACCCCGAGCAUAGCCCUCUCCGUAGCUCGCUGAGCAACCUUGAGCUUCCUCAUACGGCCAGCAGUGAAGGACCACGUCUCAGAUCCGUAAGCCAUCACUGGCAACACGCACUGGUUAUACGAUUUCGUUUUAAGGUUUUGGGGGUAUGUCUGUUUUAAGAUUUUGGGGUACAUAGUAAUCCUCGAAACCGGCAACUUGCUCUAUCACCGGGAGGGCGACCAUCUGUCCCAAGGUGGUGUCGGAUUUAUCUUCCACAAGUCUCUCGUUAACAACGUUGUAAAUAUUGAGAGUGUGUCGACGAGGGUUGCGUACCUUAUACUCAGAAGCACCAAACGGUAUUCGCUGAAGGUCAUACAGGUUUACGAACCAACCUCGGCACAUCCCGAUAAAGAGGUGGAGGAAAUGUAUGAGGAUAUAUCUAGUGCCAUGCAUUCCUCCAAAACCCACUAUACGGUGUUAAUGGGAGACUUCAAUGCAAAACUAGGUACAAGAGAGAACGGUGAGCUGAAAGUAGGAAAAUCUGGAAUAGGGCAACGGAACCCAAGGGCCCAGCAGCUGGUAGACUUCAUGGAGAAAGAGGGACUCUUUAUGAUGAACUCUUUCUUCCAGAAGCGGCCCCACAGAAAGUGGACCUGGUCGAGCCCCGACGGUUCGAUUUCAUUAUGACGACCAGACGACAACUGUUCAGUGAUGUCUCCGUGAUCGCGAGGGUGAAAACUGGUAGCGAUCACCGAAUGGUUAGAGGCACACUGAACCUAAAUGUUAAGUUGGAGAGGUCUCGUCUAAUGAAGUCAACGCUCCGUCCUCCUCGUGCUCUGUUCCAAAGUCCCAAAACCUUUCAGCUCGAGUUACAAAACUGUUUUCAGUGUCUAGAAGACUGCAAUGAAGUGGACAAUAUGAAUGACAAGCUCGUGGAAACUGUCCAUGCGGUCGGAGCUAAGUUCUGCAAGACCCGCCGCAGAAGAACACAAAAACUCUCUGAUCAUACUCUUAAUCUCAUGGCUGUCAGACGGGAGAUGAAGCUACAUUCUUCAACAGAUUUGACAGCACACAGGCAACUGAACAGACAGAUAUCUAAAUGCAUGCGGCGGGACAUACGCAACUUCAAAGCUCAGGGUGACAAAACAUCUGCAUUUUGAUUCUUAGUUGAGAAUAAAUGUAGCUUUCUGUAGAGCACAGCCUCCACUAACCAUUAGAUGGAUGGUGUUCUCGUUUAUCACCCUUAUUCUAUAAAGAAAACAGCUUCCCUCACACCGGCGGCAUUUCUCUUCUUUGACUCCGCCACUAAUCAAGUUUCGGCUGUAGAAAUUAGGUAGAGCGACGCAUAGUAAUACUAACACUCCUCUCCCCCCGCGUCCCAACACCACCACUUGUGGCCCAACAGCGUCACGGAGGAUAGAGCGAGUGGUGCCUCAUUAUAUGUAAACUUCUUUCCUCGCGACUCCAUCCCGGCUUCGGCGGUAGGGGGAGAGGACACCUCUGUCGCCGCAACCCACCAACACAUAUACGAAGUGGGCUUGCCAAGCCUACUCAGAGUGGCAACCUCGGGUCGCUCUUUCAUCUAGGACCAGCCAUGCGGGUUCCUCUUAGUUCAUCAUGGGUGAACAAGCUGUUAAGCUCCUCCGCCACUACAAGGCCGUACCUUACAAGAUGCUGCAGAAAAACAGAAUUGUAUGUGCUGCAAAAAUUACAUUUAUCUUCAAAUCAGUAAAUUUAUUUAGAAAAAAAUAGAAACAAUGAACGUCUACUUCACCAAUAAAGUCCUUUUCU